UUCCUUGCUGUGGGAGCCGAGAGAACGGGGCUGUUGCAUCUCCUCCCAGCUUACAAUUUAAUUUGUACCUCCCCAGACUGGAUCUCUGCUCCCUUGGGACAUUUAUACACUGGUUUGGGCUUGGAUUUCCCCCCUCUUUUGCAGUGGAACCACGAUCAAAAGCUCGUGGCAGUGCAAUCCCAGCUUGGGCAUUGCUGGGGAGGAUCCUGAGCCUGUGUGGGAGCCAUGGAGCAGCUGGGAGAGCCAGAGCUCACACGCACAGGGCAGAGUCCCCCGGUGCUGGAGCAUCUGCCAGCGGGGACCAGGGCUGGACAAUCCCCGCUGCGGGGAGCCCCGGGGAGCAGGAGGAGGAUCAGCCGCGCCCGAGUGAAAGGGAAAGGCCAGCUGAAGCUGUCCAUCGAGGUGCGGGGCCGGUCGCUGGUGCUGCACGUCAUGGAAGCAAAAGGUCUGAUGGGAGCGGAGAGCCGUGCGUGUGACUCCUAUGUGAAGAUGUCCAUUGUGCCAGAUGCUGACUGGAAGUGCAGGCAGAAGACGAAGACUGUGCCAGACAGCAAAAAUCCUGUGUUCCACGAGCACUUUGUGUUCCCAGUGCAGGAGGAGGACGAGCAGAAGCGUCUCCUGGUCACAGUGUGGAACAGAGAGAGGAAUUCCAGGCAGAGCGAACUGAUCGGCUGCAUGAGCUUUGGUGUGAAGUCCCUCCUGUCCCUGGACAAGGAGAUCAGUGGCUGGUAUUACCUCCUCGGGGAGGACCUGGGCAGGACCAAGCACCUGAAGGUGGCCAUGAGGAGGCUGAAGCAGAGCACAGAGGUCAAGCUGGGAAGUCCAGGUGCAGCCCAGGAGGGGCAGGAGGCUGUGGCCCUGCAGCAGCUGAAGGACCGUGUGCUCUGGGAAGGGGGAGGCCCGUGGUGGAGCCUGGGUGAUUUACAGGAGAGGCAAGGAUGGGAAAUGGGAACGCAAACACACGGUUUGCAUCGGAAACGGGGCUCGGGCGGCCCCGUGAUUUAUCUGCGCCGAGUUCCGCCCCGCGCUUCCCUCAGCUGCGUUUGCAGUUACUUGUUUCACAGCCCAGGGCUGAGCAAGGCAAACAAAGCCAUGAGGGUUUUCAGGAAGCCUCUGGCUUAUCGUGGAGCGGCAUGCAGCGCUCACAGGGGCCGGGGAGGUGAAAGGUGGCUUCCUGCCAUUCUUCUCGGGAGCUGGGUUCCCAUGGGCGGUCAUGCCAGCGUGCCUGGGGCUCCUCGCUCGCUGUCAGCAGUCGGGAUCGCCGCGGAGCCGCGCGGGGUCCAUGGGCUCGCGGGGCUGCCGGCCAUGAACCGCUUCCAGGGACUCUGCAAGGUGUGCUCGGAGCCGAGGUACAGGCAGAUCACCAUCCCUCGGGGCACUGAUGGCUUUGGCUUCACAAUCUGCUGCGACUCCCCUGUCCGUGUGCAGGCAGUGGAUUCUGGUGGCCCAGCAGAGAAGGCAGGUCUGCAGCAACUCGACACGGUGCUGCAGCUGAACGAGCAGCCUGUGGAGCACUGGAAAUGUGUGGAGCUGGCACACGAGAUCCGGAACUGUCCCACAGAGAUCAUCCUCCUGGUGUGGAGGCUGGUGCCUCAGGUGAAGGCAGCGCAGGAGGGCGUGACCCGCAGGUCCUCCUGCAAAUCCUCCUGCGAGCUGCAGCCCCCUCCGCAGAAGCGGGAGAAGAACGGCGCCGUGCGGGCGGAGCAGCGCCGCAGCUGCCACGUGCUGUACGGCAGCUCCGAGGGGCUGGGGCUGCACACCUGGGACAGGUACACCGAGCUGGGCAAGCGGGGCCAGAGCACCCUGCCUGCCCUGUCCCGGCUGCCCUCUGCUGCAGACCACAACUACAUCAUCCUGGCUCCUCUGAACCCUGGCAGCCAGCUGCUGAGGCCGGUGUACCAGGAGGACGACUCCACUGUGGGGAAUGGCUGUAAAGGGAAAUCCCACACGGGCUCUGGGAGGAAAUCCAGGCUGAUGAAGACUGUGCAGACCAUGAAGAGCUAUGGCAACUACCAGAACUGCACCAUAGUGAGGCCUCACAUCCCCCAUUCCUACGGCACCUACGUGACCCUGGCUCCCAAGGUGCUGGUGUUCCCCAUCUUUGUGCAGCCCCUGGAUCUUUGCAACCCAGCCCGGACUCUGCUGCUGUCGGAGGAGCUGCUCCUUCUGGAGAGCAGGAACAGAACUACACAGGUGACUCUCUUUGUCUACUCCGACCUGCUGCUCUUCACCAAGGAGGAUGAGCCUGGGCGCUGCGACGUGCUGAGGAACCCUCUGUACCUGCACAGUGUCAAGCUCCAGGAGGGUUCAGAAGAUCGCAAGUUCUGCAUCCUUUACCUGGCAGAGAAGUCGGAGUGCUUAUUAAGUUUGGAGGCUUACUCCCAGGAGCAGAAGAAGAGGAUCUGCUGGUGUCUGGCUGAGAACAUCACCAAGCAGCAACAUCCGGCAGCAGCUCCUACGGAGAGCAAGAUGCUGGAGACGGACGCCGAGCAGCCGGGGCAGAUGCACUCGGAGGAUGGGAAGGCAGCAGCGGGGGCCCCUCCGGCUGCCGAGGCAGAGGCUCUGGCCGAGCCCCGGGAUGCUCUGGGGGCCACCCAGGCUCCUCUGCUGCUGGAAAAGCAGCCGGUGGCCACCGCAAAGAGAGAGGAGCAGCCCAGCUCCCUGCCAGCCUUUGUCAUCCCCGAGGUGCGGCUGGACAGCACCUUCAGCCAGAGAGCGGCGGGCAGCGCCGCGGACGGCGAGGAGGAAGAGGAGGGCGAGGAGGAAGAUGAGGAUGAGGAGGACGAGGAGGAGGAGGAGGACAGCGACGAGCAGUACCUGGACAGGAACGAGCUGAAGCGCAGCAGCAUGAUCGAGACGUCGGGCGGGCAGCCCGGCUACACGCUGAGCGUGCAGGGAUCGCUGCGGCGCCGCACGCACAGCGAGGGCAGCCUGCUGCAGGAGGCCAGGGGCCACUGCUUCACCUCCGACAGCACCCUGAACUGCUCCGACAGCCCGGACACCGCCGGCCGCUGGGCGCUGCCCUCCCCCCGCACCCUCAAGAAAGAGCUGGUCAAAAACGGCGGCUCCGUCCACCAGCUCUCGCUGCUCUUCUCGGGCCACAGGAAGCUGAGUGGAGCAGACCCUGAGUGCAGCUGUGACGAAGGAGACGAGAGCUCCCGCAAGAAACGCAGCAGGAGCCUGUACAGCAAAGCCAUGAACGGGGGUGUCACUUCACAUGGAAUUGUUUCCAGGGAGGGUGGUGGGGUGUGCUGGGGGCACUGCCCAACCCAGCUGGGAGCGCCCCCUCCCACCGUGCCCGGACAGGGUGAAGACACCGGCUCUUGGGGAAAACAGCUUGCCCGGGUUCAGGGAGAGGACACAGAAGCAGUGAAAUCUGAGCUGGGGGCCUCCUUCCCGCUGGCCCCAUGCCGGGAGGAGGAAUGGGGAGGUUUCCCACCGCGGGCCAGGCACAUCUGUGGCGGCGCGGUGGGAGCAGGGACCGCGGGGACCCCCGAGGGACGCGGGAGGAAUGGGGAGGUUUCCCGCCGCGGGCCAGGCACAUCUGUGGCGGCGCGGUGGGAGCAGGGACCGCGGGGACCCCCGAGGGACGCGGGCAGCCCCUCUGCCGCUCCCGGAAACUCCGCACUCGCUCCUCUCCCGGCCCCGAUGUACCACGCCAUGGUGGACUUUUCCGAAAAAUACCUGGAAAGGCAGCAAAAGCAGCUUUUGCUGCUGAGCUUUGCCAACGUGCCGUCCUUUUUCCACAGGCCCACUCCCGAGGAAGCGCUCAAGUGGGGGGACUCCCUGGAGAAGCUGCUGCUGCACAAAUACGGGCUCGCUGCCUUCAGGGCCUUCCUGCGCACCGAGUUCAGCGAGGAGAACCUGGAGUUCUGGCUGGCCUGUGAGGAGUUCAAGAAGAUCAAAUCCCAGUCCAAGAUGGUCUCCAAGGCCAAGAAGAUCUUCUCUGAGUACAUUGCCAUCCAGUCCUGCAAGGAGGUCAACCUGGACUCCUACACACGGGAGCACACCAAGGAGAACCUGCAGAACAUCACCCGCAGCUGCUUCGACCUGGCCCAGAAGAGGAUUUAUGGGCUCAUGGAGAAGGACUCGUACCCCCGCUUCCUCCGCUCCGACCUCUACUUGGACAUAAUCAACCAGAAGAAAGGCAGCUCCCCGCUGUAGGCCCAAGGACUGUCUCGGGGCAGGCUGGGAGCUGUGUGUUUACAUGGAAUUGGGCAGUGGAGGCCUUCCUGGGAGCUGCUUGUGCCCCCAGGCCGUACGGACACGGGGCAGCUGGAGGCACCGAGCUCGGGGCCGAGGGGACCCUCAGCCGGGCGGGCUGGUACUGCUGCAGCUCCUGUCCCACCAUCGCUGGUACGAUGCCUUCGGCGUGGAUUUAGCAGCAGGGGAGCUCCCACAAGACUACUGUGAAGCACCUGCCCCAGCCAGAGCGUUGCUGGAAGGUGGAGAGCGAGCCCAGCUCGGCGAGGAGGAGGGGUUCUCGUGCAGGGCUCUGGCAAGGGGACGGCCGUCCUGGAUGGAAGCCUUGUGGGCUGGAGCAGCCCCAGGAUGCUGCUGUGCUUCCCUGCGCCGCGGGCUCCUGGAGCAGCUCUGGCAGGAGCCCGGCGCUCCCUUGGCUCGCGGCGGGUGCCCCGGGAGCAGCGAGAGCCGGCUCCUUGCCCUGUGCUGGAGGCGUGCAAAGCACCCCCUCCUGCCCUCCCCCCUGGUUUAUUUAUUGCCCUCCUGUAGCUGGACACGUUGCUGUGCGAUAGGGACCCCCGUGUCCUCCCCGUCCCCAAGUUACAAGUGCAAUAUUCGUGCGUGUCGCGGCCGAGUUCUCCGGCGGAGUGGAUGCCUUUUUCUUUUCCCGAGCGUGUAGAUUUGGUAGGGUAGCAGGUUUGGUGUGCCAGACCCGUUCCCUGGCAGCAGGCCGCUGGGGGAGCCUGGUGUAAAUAUCAGUGUAUCGAUGCCCUGACGACGGAGGGGCUGGUGAUGGAGCCAAGCAAACUCUGUGCAGCAGCCGCUCUCCUGACUCUGGAUAACAAUGCUGUGUUUGGGAAGCGGGGGGUUCCUGCUGGCCCUGGCAGGGCAGGGUGCACUGCCUGCCUCCCAGUUUACAGUGCAAAGCAUCUCUGCAGCUAGAAAAAAAAAAAAAAAACAAACUUACAUUGUCAUGGUCAUUGGUAAAUAAAAGGAGA